AUGAGACCCCAACGCAAGGAACAAAAGGAAAGCGAAAAUUCCUAUCUUCCCCCUUCUUUUCUCCCCAAUUCGCCACAAACCGCCCACAAAAAUUUAAAAACGAAGAAACAACGGUAUCCACUAACGAAAUACCAACGAAAUAACUGCCGGAACUGGUCAACAGUAACCAAGAAAUCACCGACGAAGCAAAAAACCUUAACACCGGCAAAAAUAACAGCAAAAAACAAGGAAACAACAUACCGGCGAAACAACAGCAAAUCUGCCGACGAAAACAGACCCGAAUAUAGACGCGAAAACAGUGAAAUGGUCGCCAAGGGAAAAAGAAAAAGGCGAAAUCGACGAAGUGAAAAUGGCGACGAAAACAAAGGCAAAAUGAGUGUGUUGAUUCUUACGCAAGUGCCUUACAAGAACUCUACAGAAGAAUAG